UUUCGGGUUAUAAGUAGCCAAGACAUUGGCUUGGACCAGACAGAAGUCGAAACGGAGCGAGUGAGAUCCAAGAGAACAUGCUUAGAUUUGGCCAACAACUGAUGCUGCUGCUGGUGGCCUUCGUAGCACUGCAGACCUGCCAUGGGUGGCUGGUGAAGCUGCCGAAGCUGGAGAGUCUCGUGGAGAAGCUGGAGGAGAAGAAGGAGAAGGAACUGAGCUGGCUGGAGGGCAAGAAGGAGAAGGAGCUGCUGAAGAAGCUUGAUUUCCUCAAUUUGUUCAGCGAAAAGGAGGAUGCCAAGAAGGAGAAGAAGCUGGACGAGUGGGAGAAGUUUAAGCAGUGGUGGGAGGAGAAGAAGGAGAAGGAGCUCAGCUUCUUCGAGACCAAGAAAGAGAACAAGCUGGACAAGCUGGCCAAUAAGGCCAGCAAAAAGCGCAAGCCAACGCGUAGACCCUGUUGCUACGGCUACCCCGAAGAGGAGACAGAGCAGACCACUCUGGGCUAUCCCGAGGAGGAGGAGCAGGAAGAGGAGGAGGAGUACACCGAGCCGUACCCAGCCGAGUCCGAGGAGGCAACUGAAAGGCCCUGCAAGAAGAGCUAUGGAAACAGUAAGGAGCCCACCGUGUACCGUCCAUCGAGCUAUGAUGUGAGGGACGACUCCGCCGAGGGCAUACGAUACUUCACCUGAGCGAUGAGUCUUGAGCUUUGAGUCUUACUAAUUGGAUUGAAUAUGUAUUUAUUGUCAGUGUGUGUGCGUGUGCGCUUGCUUUCUU